AUGUCUGAGAAGGAAUCCCGUUUAACUAGAGCAUUAAGGUUCUUAGAAAUUCCUGUCGAGAAUAGAUCUACUAUCAGUAUCUUAAGAAAUCCAGAUUUACAGCCAAUAAAACGUGAAUACCAAACAUGGGGGUUCUUUUCUAAUUUCAGUUAUUGGGGUAUCAUAUCCUUUUCAGUGGGUACCUGGUUAAGUGGAUCAGCUGCUCUGUCUGUAGGUUUAAGUUAUGGUGAGACAAUCGGGACCUUUAUUCUUGGUGAUGUUCUUACAAUUAUGUUCACUUUAGCAAAUUCAUAUCCUGGUUUUGAUUGGAAAGUCGGUUAUACUCUAUCACAAAGAUUUGUUUUCGGAAUUUAUGGGUCAUGGUUUGGUAUCCUAAUCAGAGUUUUAUUGAGUAUUGUCAAUUAUGCAUCAAAUGCAUGGUUAGGUGGUCUAUGUAUCAAUAUGAUUUUAGAUUCUUGGUCACAUCAUUAUUUGACUCUUCCAAAUACAUUAUCUCAUCAUGUUCAUAUGAAAACAAGAGAAGUUAUUGGCUUUUGUCUUUUCCAUGUUGUUUGCGCAGCCUGUUAUUAUAUGAAGCCAUAUCAUAUCAAAUAUAUUUUAAUCAUUUCAUGCCUUGCAACUUUCUUCUCCAUGAUGGGUAUGGUUAUUUACUUAAGCAAAGAAAAUGGCGGUGUUGGAGAUGCUUUCAAUGCACCAUCAACUGCUACUGGAUCUGCGAAAUGUUGGGCUUGGGUUUAUAUGAUUUCAUAUUGGUUCGGCUCCGUUUCACCAGGGUCUGUAAAUCAAAGUGAUUAUUCGAGGUUUGGUUCUUCUCAAACUGCUAUCUGGCUAGGUACUAUUUUAGCCUUAUUAAUUCCUACAACUGUGGUUCCAGUUUUUGGAAUUAUUGGUGCCUCAACAAGCGAACAAUUAUAUGGGGAGACUUUGUGGAUGCCGAAUGAGUUCUUCACAUAUUGGCUAACUAAGGACUAUAGUGCAGGAGCUCGUGCUGCCUCCUUCUUUUGUGGCGUGUCAUUUGUACUUUCUCAAAUUGCUUAUACAAUUUCUAAUGCAGGAUUUGCCAGUGGUAUGGAUUUGGCAGGUUUAUUCCCUAAAUAUAUUAACAUUAGAAGAGGUGCAAUUUUAACUGCCAUUAUUUCAGUUGCUUGCCAACCAUGGAAUUUUUACAAUUCUUCUUCUAUCUUUUUGACUGUAACAAGUUCUUUCGGUGUUAUAAUGACACCAAUCAUCACUGUUAUGAUAUGCGAUAAUUUAAUGAUAAGACAGAGACAAUAUUCUAUUGGAGAGGCAUUUAAACUGAAAGGUGAUUAUUAUUACACUAAGGGCGUCAAUUGGAGAGCUAUGUUCGCAAUGACUGUGGGUAUGGCACCAGGUUUACCUGGUAUUGCUUGGCAAGUUGACAACAAUUAUUUCAACAAUCAAGGUAUAGUUAACUUUUACUACGGCGACUCAUUUUUCUCCUUUGCCAUUUCAUUUUUCACGUACUGGAUCGUAUGCUAUUUUUUCCCAAUUACCAUCACAGUUCCUCAUGAUACGAAGGAUUAUUAUGGUGCUUUUGAUGACGAAGUUGCAAGAAAGAAGGGGUUGAUUCCAUACAGUGAAAUAUCAGAAGCGGAACUAAUACGCUUUGCUUUAAAUUCUGGACUAGAGUCAGAGUCUUCAAGCGAUGAUUCUUCUACUAUCAUAUCCGAUAGCCAUUUUAAUCAUGAAUCAGAUGAGAAAAAUAAACUUGAUGGUGUAACAAUCAGUACAAAAACUUCUUCUGUUCAAUAA